AUGGCCGUGUCAUCUCUGCCGGCAGCAGCAGCGCUAACAGCAUUUCGGAAUCGGUCGCCAGGCGAGAGGGAGCUGUCACCGAAACUCAAGGCGAUUUUGGAGGUCACUGCCGUCACAGGCACCGUCUGGCAUGACUGGGAGAGCAUGAGGGAGCUAUUGGGAUUCACCAUCUCUCAGGUCCUGGAGGAGUAUGAGACAGAGCGCGUGGCAGGGGUGGGUCCGCCUCACCCGCUGCCAUCCGGGGAGACGUUUGCUGAGCUCAACGAGCGGAUCCUCUCAUACCUUGAGGCAUUCAAGGACGGGCCACCCUUCACCAUUCAGCGCAUCUGUGAGGUGCUUCUCAACCCCCGAGCCACCUACACCAACCUCAACCGCGUCGCUUUUGCUCUCGAGAAGCUGCUCCUGGUGACCUCUUCCGCCCCUCCCCCCACAGCCCCGUUCCCCGCCCUCCCCCUCCCCCCCGCCCAUCUCCACCGCCUCUACCGCACCUCCCCUUCCUCCCCCCCCUCCUCCCUCCCUCCUCCUUCCCAAACCUCCCCACCGCCCUCAAAACCCCAGCUUCCCAACCAGGGAGGGAGGGCAAGGCAAGAGGGGGGAGCAGCAGGACAGGCUGGGGAGGGUGCGGAAGGGGGUGGAGGGAAGAGAGACGAGGAGGAGGCAGGGGAGGGGGGAAGGGCAGCAAUGGAGACAGACGAGAGGGGGGGUGAGGGCAGGUCAGGUUCACCUGACAUUGCCCCGCACUCGCCUGAGUUUGCAGGAUUCUUUCGAGAAGUGGUGGUGGAGCAAGCAGCCAUGGAACUGGGUGGGGCCGCUGGGGGUGCUGGGGUGGGUGGCGCGGCGGGUGCUGGGGCGGGUGCUGUGACGGCAGAGGGCGGGGGAAGGAGCAGUGGGGGAGCUCGGGAUGAAGGGGUGGGUAGUGGCACUGCUGGUGACGGUAGUGGUGGGAGCAGCGGUGGGAAUGGCGGUGGCGAGGGAAGCGGGGGGGGCGAUGCGGGCAGCAGGGGGAGAGGAGCGAGUGGUGGUGAUGGUAGGGAGGUUAGGGUGCAAGUGGGGAGGAUGGACGAGGGGAAGGACGAGGAUGGGGAGAAGGAGGACCAGGAGGGGGAGGAAAGCAGGGAGGGGAGGAGGGAGGAGGGAAGGGAGGAGGGAAGGGAGGAGGUGAGGGAGGAAGAGAAGGGGGAUGAGGAGAUGAAGGGGGAAGGAGGGGGUGACAUGAAAGUUGAAAGAGGGGGUGAUAUUCGAGUGGAGUGUGAGGAGAAGGCUGUAGAGGGGGAGGAGGAUGGAGAUGGUGGAAGUGGGGAGGGUGAUGGGGAGGACUCUACAGGACAAGGCCAAGGGAAGAAGGGAGGAGGGGAGGGUGAGCGGAUGAGUGUAGAUCAGGAGAAUAAUGGGUAA